AUGAGGGCACCCAGCAACCACGCUGCCGACCCAAACACAGUCUCGUGGAGAGAUCUCCCUCGCAAAGACCAACUCUGUGUCAUCACCUUGGCACGACUGAGUGAACCACUCGUUCAAACCUCUAUCCAGUCCUACAUGUUUUACCAACUCAAAUGGUUCGACCCAGCACUCUCUGACGCGGUUAUUUCGGGUCAGGCUGGCAUGUUGCACGCGAGUUUCACCGCUGCGCAGUUCCUAACUGCCAUGCUUUGGGGCCGAAUUGCCGACUCCGGCCGGUUCGGCCGCAAAACCGUCUUGAUGAUUGGCCUCGCGGGAACAUUGCUGUCCUGUGUUGGGUUCGCCUUCUCGACCUCGUUUCAGCAGGCCCUCUUCUUUCGGUCUCUCGGAGGCAUUACAAACGGGAAUGUGGGCAUAUUAAGGACCAUGAUUAGCGAAAUUGUCAAGGAGAAGAAGUAUCAGUCCCGGGCCUUCUUGCUGCUACCCAUGACGUUCAACGUUGGCGCUAUCCUUGGACCCAUCUUGGGGGGUGUACUCUCCGACCCGGCCGGGAGCUACCCAGGACUGUUCGGUCAUAUCGACUUCUUUAUACGCUUCCCCUACGCCACACCAAACCUGGUUUCCGCCCUCUUUCUCUUGUGUGGUUUUCUUGGCGUAUGGUUAUUCCUGGAGGAGACAUUGGACCUGAGGGUGGAUAAUCGCGACAGGGGGCUGGAAUUGGGGCGACAGCUGCGUAGGUGGCUCUCCAGAGGGCGCUCAAGAACAGCUUACACGCUUCUGGCAAACCGAGACGCGGAUUUCGACCUCGAUGAUUCACGUGUGGCAGGCACGGCAAACUCGCGGCACUCGCCCAUCUCUGACACCCCUCAAAUAUCGAAACAGGCCCGACGUAGGUACACGCAGACACUUGCCUUCCGACGUAUUUUUACGCCGAACGUCAUCCGGACGCUGACCGCAAACUUCCUUCUGACUUUCCACCUCGGCACCUUCAACUCCCUUUGGUUCGUCUUCCUCUCCACCCCCGUGUACGACCCGCACAGCGACCCGCCGGGGCGCCGAUCCCCUUUCGUCUUCACCGGGGGGCUCGGCCUCCACCCUCCGGAGGUGGGACUGGCAAUGGCCAUCCUCGGCGUGAUUGGACUCGGCCUCCAAAUCGGCGUCUACCCCCGGCUCUCGACGCGUCUCGGCACGGUCGGCAGCUGGCGUCUUUUCCUGCUGCUUCCCCCCCUCACCUACUUCUUGGUGCCCUACUUGAGUCUUGUCCCGUCGGGUAGCCCUCCGCCGCACGGAAAGGACGGGGUAGCGGUAUGGAUCGCCAUCCUCGCCGUCCUCCUCCUCCACGUCCUCGGCCGUACCGUUGCGCUCCCGGCACAGACCAUUCUCGUGAACAAUUGCACACCCCAUCCCAGCGUUUUGGGGAGCGUACAUGGGAUUGGACAGAGCGUGAGCAGCUUUGCGAGGUCGACUGGGCCUAUCCUGGGCGGUUUCCUAUACGGGUUGGGCCUGGCUAAAGGGGUGGUUGGUGCUGUGUUUUGGGGCCUUAGUGGAGUUGCGGUGUGUAAUAUCAUCGUGAGUUGGUUUGUGCGUGAGGGAGACGGGCAUGAGAUCUGGUUAGAGGGCGAUGAGAAGGAUGAGGAAGAAUAUUAA